UGUGAAUUUAACAGUUCUUCCGGCUCGGUUUGUGGUUACUCUUGGAAGGCCGUAUAUACUUUGUAUGUGUGUAUGUAGUGAUUUGAAUUCAUUUCCUGUUUAUGAACCAGCUUUGUGGAUCGUCUUUUUCUUCAUAUAUAUCUGUAUAUGCCAUUUAUCAUUUCUUUGUAUGAUGUAUGAUUGGUAGUUCCAACCGAGCCAUUUUAAUACCUCCGAUGUGCAGCAACUUUGUGAUUAAGCUGUUGUUGUGGGAUUAGGACUCAGUGAAAUCUUACAGGGAAUUCUAUUUUAUGUUAUUAAGGCUCUGGAUAAUCUCCAUUUUGUCCUGUUGGGUGUGUACUGCUAUAGUUGAAGUCCUUACAAUGUAAAUGGACCUGACCUAGGGGUUCUAAAUGAUAAUUGAAACUCUGAAUGCUGAGCAUUCAGGAGCUGUUCUUUAUGUCUGUUCAACUCGUCUCUCUCUUUUAUAUUGGCACUACUCACAUCUCCAUGGCAUCAGUGUUUUGCUCUAAUUGACUGCAAUGAAAGUAUGUGUCGGUACGUGUUUGCUUGAGCUCACAUUGAGUUCCCCUCUGUAAAAACAAUGACCCAGUAGAAACAAGAGCAUUGCUUCUUUUUGCACGUGAAAACAGGCCACUGAAAUCUCAGGCAGGUCAGAGGAUGGACUUUGCAUGCUGUUCAUCAGCAUUGCGUGUUUUUACUUAUCAGAGCAUAGCCAAUGAGCAUUUAGCCUGGUCGCCGUAAAAAAGGGUUUGGUAUCAUUAUAACAGGUGUGUCUGUUCUAGUUCAAACGAGACAUGAGAAGGCAAACAUAUAGGCUAAUCUUGCAUGUCUGUAAGUACAAAUGACUCAACAACAGACGCAUUGUAGAUGUCAAAUCUUUGAAAUCUAAACAAAAAUCAAGAAAUGGAGUUAUCCUCAGGGGACCUUGAGGGCAGCAGUGACGACCCCACAGGAAAGAAGAAAUCAAAACUCAAGACUCUAAAGACACGUCUCUUCGGAAAGACCAAGACGAAAGAGGACAAAGGGGAGAGGAAGCUGAGCCAGUCAGACAGUGACAUCACACAAGGGAAGGAUGAGGAGCUGGACGUAGAGGAGAAUUUCAGCAACAUGGGGUCUCGUGCAUUGUCACAUGACAGCAUCUUCCUUGCUGACCUGUGUCUGUCCUCAACGGAACCACCACGUGUUCUGUCUCAAGAGAACGUGCAGAGUCGUAUCAAAACCUUACAGAUGAAACUACAACAGCAGAACCUGCGUCUCGGUCAUCCCCCUCUUGUGAUGUCCAUUAAGAGGCCAGAGGAUGCAAGCGGCAGCUCAGAAGACGACGGGCUCCCGCAAAGCCCUCCUGAAAUCGUUCUCAAUGGGGUUUUACCUCAGAGAGCAUCCUACAAGACCGGCAGCCCAACUGCACCAAUCGUCUCGGCUCCCUCGGAUACUGGGGUUGAUUUCAGUUCCCCUGCACAAUUCACCCCUUGCCUGGACAAUUCUGCUGCUCGUCACCGAAUGUCCGUGAAGCCCAGGAACCAGAGGGCCAGUGCUAAAAUCAGGAAGCUGACAUCACAGCCGGCUUCUCGAGCACGAUCUGAAAGCAUGAACAACCUGGGACAUCCCAUGCCUAACAAAGAAGAUGAGAAAGGACUUGUGCUUUCUAAGGAGUCCAUCCGGUUCCGAUCCCAUUCCAGCCAGGUGCUACGAACCGGGAGGAGACCUGCUACUCCCCCAGAUGAGAACCAUUUGCCUAAUUCUACUCAGAGGUCUUUGAUGGCGACCAAUGGUCCACAUCAACCUGCCUCACCCCUACGACCCCCAAUCCAGCCACGUCCUCUCAUGACCGAGAAUGUUGUCGGGAUGUCCACCCUUCGUUCCCAACUGCCCGCCGUUCCGGAACCUCCCAUGGAUUCUGUUCCUACCUCUGGAACAGAGGCAACCCCUGUUAUGUCUCCAGCAGCCGAUCCCAAAAAGAAUCACAUGGCCUCAGAGACUGUGGGAACAAAGGCCCCUGGCUCUCCAAAGACAAAGAGUGUGGGUAGCACCAGGCAAGUAGGAGAGAAUCUUGGUAUUUUUCCCCUUAAGCCUGCCCAAAGCAGUGCCCCAUCGACUGCCGUUCCACAAAGAGUUCCUGCCAGUGUUUUAGCAAAUAAAAGGGAGAAUGAUAAGCAGUGCGUCACUGGAUCUCAGAUGCCAGUACUCCAGAAUAAGACUGAAACAGCUGACAGAAAGGGGAAUCAGAGUUUAAAUCCGCAGACUGAGAUUCCUCUGAAAGCUCAGCCUGUGAUGGCAGACGUCACUCUGAGGUCAGAGGUCACUCCAUUGAGAUCUAUUAGCACAAAUGAGAAAACUCCAAUCAAAGAGGAAUUAAAGAGUGGGAUGUUAACACAGCCAGCUAAAGUAUCAGCACCUAUACAAAUAGUAAAACCACAAGCUAUAGAAAAUAUAGUACCUAGUCAACAAAGACCCACGUCUGGAUCGCCACGUUUUACUAUUUCCUCGGCUCACAACAAAGAUCGAACUAGAACUGGGAGCUUCACCAGUAUGUUUGAAGAAACAGGAGCUAAGAAAGACUUAACCAAACCAACUGUUCCAUACCUAACCCACCGGUGUCAGGAGCAGCGUGGUGUACAAAAGGGUGACAUGAAAGCCAAAGAACUACCUCCUACUGCUCCUGCAGAGACCCCAAUGCAACGGGGGAACAGCAGUGGUGCCGAUCAGGGGGAGUCUUCGGCUCUGCAACAUGAGACCGGAGAGGAGGCCACGGAGGAGGAGGGUCAGGAUGGUGUGGAGGAGGCUGAGGAGGCCCAUGAAGACUUGAGAGAACACGGAGAGGAGGAACCGACAACGGAAGAGCGAGAAAAGAAUGCAUUUGGAGUAAAAUUGCGUUCCACCUCAUUGUCUCUCAAAUACAAGAUUGACACUGCUCAGUCAGAGGUCGGCAUUAAACGGCAUAGUGCUGAUGUCAGCACGCUAAGCACAGCACAAGGCGCCCAGGCUGUGGCAUUGGAUUUGGCGAUGAAGAAGGAUGCUCCUCCAGCUGUCUCAAGGGCCAACAGGACGGGUUCUCUGAUCAAAUCUGCUGCUUCACCGGGCUGUGAUUCUCUGACAGCCACACCAGCGGGGCAGAACAUCUCAUCCUUCCGGUCCGCUGGCAAUGCUGAUAGCAGGCUAAGAUCUAGGUCCCUUCGACAGGAUGGUGAAGCAAACCAAUCAGCUGUGUCUGCAUCUUCAUCUUUUUCCAAGGAGUCACCUGCACCCACACCAUCCAAACAGGUGUCAUCUGCACCCACACCAUCCAAACAGGUGUCAUCUGCACCCACACCAUCCAAACAGGUGUCAUCUGCACCCGCACCAUCCAAACAGGUGUCAUCUGCACCUUUACCUUCAAAGGAGGCCAGUCCAUCUCAGUCAGAUGAUGUAUUGCCUACACCUCCACCUGUUAAAGAGCCAGAAGCUGCCAGCUCUGAUUCCUCAUGGAUAGGCAUGGCCAUGGAGAAGACCAGGACCAUUCAGCAGCUCCUGACCAGCAAACUCCCAGAGUUCCCCGAAGGACCCACUCUGCCGGUGGCACCUCCGGCCAAAAAGGAGUUCAUACCUUCUCCCACUGUGGAAGCAGCACCUGUACCCUCGCCCUCUAUUAAGAGGAAGGCUGCAUCUUCACCAACUAAGCAGACGGCAUCUGUACCCUUGCCCUCAAAGGAGGUUCCACCUCCACAAUCAGAUGAUGUAAAGUCUACAGCCCAAUCUGUUAAAGAAUCAGAGACUGCUUCCUCUGAAGUGUCCUGGAUGAGUAUGGCAAUGGAGAAGACAAGAACCUUCCAGCAGCUUUUCAAUAGCAAACCCUCAGAGUUCCCUGGGCCACAAACAGACAUGAAACCCACGCCUACAACUGAAACUCAGCCUGCAGUGUUACAACCUGCUGUAAGACCAGCACAGUCUACCAUCAGUGAAAAACCAUCUGGACAGCCUACCAGAAAGCCCAAACAGACCGCCCUGCCGGAUGCAUCACCAACAGAAUCAAGCCAGUCACCAACAGCUGUCCUCCAUUCCAUCCAAGUUCAGCCAAUCACAAAACAGCUACCAGUAGCAGCAUCCAAUCCAAAACCAAUACCCCCCACUGCAAGUCAAUCACCAGCAACACAAACCAUCAUAAGAGGAACACAGCUCCGUGCAUCACAGUCCAUAGCCACACAGCCUAACAUCUCCACAAAACAAUUGGUGAAACAGGCUCAAUCUCAGCAGGCCACAGCUCAAUCAACACCACCUUCCUCCAUCAUAAAUAAAACACAGCCAUCACCACCACCCUCCUCCACCCAAUCGAUACCCCACCCGUCACAGUCCACAGAUACCUCACAUCUGUCAUCCAGCCCAAAGCCUCCUUCCCAUCUAAAACAACAGAGUCAGCCAGCUCCACCGUCCAUCCCACAAGGUAACAAUGAUGGACUCAACUCAGUCAAGAAGAGAGGUGAUCUGCCCCAACCUGCCUCAGGAAGAGGCAGCGGGGCAAAUACAGCAGAGGCAUGGGAGCCUCGGACGACUCCUUCAGGUAGCAAGGCUGCCUUUUUGGAGAAGUGGGGAGACAAAGGAGCCUCUGCAGGCACCAAGAUUGAGUCAUCGAAAACCACCUCAGAGGCCCAAUCCUCACCUCAGUCUUUGACGUCAGUUAGAACAGGGCACCUCAACAGAGACUCAAAGACUGACACAGAUUUGGUGCCAAGCUCUGUCCCCUCGAGACCUACAGACAGAGAGGACAGGUCACUGAAGAGGUCACUUGCUUCUGCGUCCUCGCCCCAGCAGCCUAUUUCUGAGGGAGGCCAGCCGUCCUGGAUGGAGGUGGCCAAGAGGAAGUCUUUAGCAUGGAGUGAUAAGAGCACCACGGACUGAGAGGGCUUAGGAAGGACGGAAUGAGGAAGCUCCUGAUACCUGGCACCCUGACAGAUCAGACAGAUUUCCAGCACCCUUUGUGGUCUUGUGUUUGGGAACAAUCAAUUGACUUCUUGACCUCCUACCACUAUGUUCCUUUUUUUUUAUCUCUUUGUCCUUAAUUCAUGAUGCCCUUGAUCAUAUAUGUGAGAGGUGUAUAAUUUCAGGUAAAUAUUUAUUAUAUUUAAAAUAUAAAUAUGUAACAUUCACAUUUAAAUAUAUAAGAAUUGUGUAAAUAUGGAGUAAUUAAGGUGUAUAGUUAAGUAACCAACCUGGGCUAACCCAUUCUGUUGACUUUGCCUCAUGAACAGAUUAUACCAAUGUCAAUUAAGUAAAAUAAAAUAAAUAAAAUAGGUAAAGCCUUGUUUGUUGAUGAAAAA